AUGGCAUCAAGUGAAGAACCCGUCAUCAUAGUCGGCGCAGGACUAGCAGGACUAGUGGCUGCGUACGAGCUCUCCCAGCGCAACAUCCACACCAUCAUCGUCGACCAAGAAAAUGCGGCCAACCUCGGCGGGCAGGCAUUCUGGUCUCUCGGCGGCAUCUUCUGCGUGGACUCGAGCAACCAGCGCCGACUGGGGAUACGGGAUAGCCGCGAGCUCGCCAUGCAGGAUUGGUUCAACAGCGCCGGGUUCGACCGCGAAACAGACCUGUGGCCGAGGAAAUGGGCGGAAGCGUUUGUCAACUUCGCGACCGACGACCUGGAAUCGUAUCUGAAUGCGCUGGGGGUGAGAUUCACCAGUGUAGGCUGGGCGGAACGCGGUAGUGGGAUGGCUGGUGGGCAUGGCAACUCAGUUCCACGGUUUCAUAUCACCUGGGGGACGGGACCGGCUAUCGUCGAGGCUUUCGCGGGUCCCGUGAGAGAAGCUGAGAAGAAGGGCUUGGUGGAUUUUAGGUUCCGCCAUCGGGUCAAUGAGAUCGUCGUUGAUCCUGAUACGGGGGCUGCGCUGGGUGUACGGGGCCAGGUUUUGGAGCCGACGAAUGCUGAGCGAGGCGUCUCCUCGUCCCGAGUUGGAAUCUAUGAUUUCGAGCUUCUGGGACCGGCUGUGCUCAUCUCGUCCGGUGGCAUUGGAGGGAAUCUGGGUCUGGUGAAGAAGUACUGGCCCGUGGAUCGACUGGGUCCCAAGGUGCCGCGGUCUUUUGUCCUCGGUGUACCUGCUCAUGUUGAUGGGCGUAUGAUUGAGAUAUCCCAGAAAGUCGGUGCGAAUGUGAUCAACAGUGAUCGGAUGUGGCACUAUACAGAAGGGCUGACGAACUGGGAUCCUAUCUGGCCACAGCAUGGAAUUCGAGUCAUUCCUGGGCCAUCAUCCCUUUGGCUUGAUGCAACAGGCAGGCGAUUGCCGCCAUUUCUGUAUCCAGGGUGUGAUACGUUGGCCACCCUGCGGCAUAUAUGCUCGACGGGCUAUGAUUAUACCUGGUUUGUCCUGAACAAGACCAUUAUUGCUCGUGAAUUUGCGCUGUCUGGAUCAGAGCAGAACCCCGAUAUCACCAACAAGAGUAUUCUUCUACUACUGCAACGGCUCUUUGGCUCGAAUGGCACAGGUCCGGUGCAAGCCUUCAUGAAAAAUGGAGAAGACUUCAUUGUAGAACCGGCUCUUGAAGAAUUGCUGGAAAGAAUGGGUCAGUUGGGACAGAAGCAUGGAGGGCCUCUCCUGGACAAGGAUCAAGUCCAAAGAGAGAUUAAGCUCCGUGACUCCCAAACAGAUAACGAAUACACCAAGGACGCACAACUGAUGCUCAUCCGCAAUGCCCGAAACUUCUGGCCUGACAAAUACACCAGGGUUGUCAAACCUCACAAGCUUCUAGACCCACGCCAUGGACCCUUGAUUGCAGUCAGAAUGAAUCUCCUCACCAGAAAGACUUUAGGUGGUUUGGAAACUGACUUGAGUGCCAAUGUCCUCCGUUCGGAUGGCACCCGUUUCACCAACCUUUAUGCGGCAGGGGAGGUUGUAGGUUUUGGAGGUGGAGGCGUGCACGGGUAUAAUUCCCUUGAAGGCACAUUCCUUGGGGGCUGCAUUUUCUUAGGGAGAACUGCGGGUAUUGCCAUUGCUGAAGGAUUAGCUGGGUUGCUCGUCCAGAUCGAAUCGUGA